AUGAAUUUCUUGGCAACCAAACAGAUGCCAUCGUCUCUUAAUCGAGCAGCUUCAAUUUCCAAGUUCUACAUUUCACUCGGCUCCAUCAAAGGCAAAGUUAAACAGCUCUGCAAUUUGUUCAAAUCCGCCAAGUCUUCAUCGAACUCGGCAAGUCCUAAGGAAAUUUCUCCCAAGGUUGCUUUAAGAACCUCGAAAUCAAGUGUGUAUUGCUUCUCUUCAAGCCUUAACAACUCUUUGAUAAGGUUACCGGGAACAGAAGAUCGAAUCGUUGUUUAUUUAACUAACUUAGGGGGGAUUCGAAGGACUUACGAGGAUUGUUACGCUGUCAAGAUGAUAUUUAGAGGGUUUGGGGUUUGGGCUGAUGAGAGAGAUAUUUCCAUGGAUGCUGCUUACAAGAAAGAGUUGCAAAGUGUUUUGAAACAGAAGACAGAGUUUGCCCAAGGUUUUCAUCAGGGGAAGUAUAUAGGCGGUGCUAAUGUGAUUAAAAGCAAGUUUGAAGUUGGGUAUUCAAAAAUGCUCUGA